ACCGUUAGUCUGACCAAACUAUGCCCAGUAGGGUCAAGACCCCUGCUGUCCCAUGUCCCAUGAGUCAACAUGCUAGGGCUGCCGAAAGUCACGCGGAUAGAUUACCAUACCGGAUUAUUAAUGCGCCGAUACGGACAUUUUUCAACACAGGAACAGCCUUGAACAGGAAAGUCUUGGCGCGCGAGCCCGGACUGUGCGAUGAAAUUCACUAGUCUUGACUACGAGGAGAGCCGCCAGCACCCCGCCAGCAGUUCCGCCUCAGAAACGAUACAGUCGGUCACAGGAUCCUAUCUGUGAUCUAAUACCUCAUUACUUUCGUCGCUCUCCCCAAUAUCAUAGCUUGGUCGGCCCAAUAUGAGGCCUAUUUUGCUUUCGGGCCAUGAACGGUCCCUCAACCAGAUCAAAUUUAACCGCGAUGGCGACCUUUUGUUUUCUGUAGCGAAGGAUAAGAUUGUGUGCGCUUGGUGGUCGGCUAACGGCGAGCGACUCGGUACCUAUAACGGACACCAGGGUGCUAUCUGGACUGUCGAUGUGAGCCCUAACACCAUUCUCCUGGCCACCGGAUCGGCAGACAACACUGUGCGACUAUGGAACGUGAAGACUGGCGAGUGUAUUAAGGUGUGGGAUUUCCCUACGGCUGUCAAGCGGGUCGAAUUCACUCCGGAUGGAAGCCGGCUGCUGGCCGUCACAGAGAAGCGUAUGGGCUUCUUGGGUACCAUCGCCGUGCUCGAUAUCAACUAUGAGAACCUGGAGGCUCAGGCCGAGGAACCCAGCUUGAGGAUCACCUGCACAGAGAGCAAGGCAACAGUUGCGGGCUGGAGUUAUUUGGGCAAGUACAUCAUUGCUGGCCACGAGGACGGAAGCGUCAGCCAGUACGAUUCGAAGACCGGCGAGCAGUUGGAGAACGUUCAGGCACAUGAAUUUGACAACUUGAUCAGCGAUAUUCAAUUCUCCGCAGACCGCACAUAUUUCAUCACCGCUUCCAAAGACAAGUCCGCCAAGCUCAUUUCCAGCCGUAACCUCGCCAUCCUUAAGACCUAUGUUGCCGACACUCCCCUCAACAGCGCUGCUAUUACGCCCAAGAAGGAAUACGUGAUCCUUGGUGGUGGUCAGGCUGCUAUGGAUGUCACUACUACCUCCGCUCGUCAGGGUAAAUUCGAGGCUCGUUUCUACCACAAGGUCUUCGAAGACGAGAUUGGCCGUGUCCGUGGCCACUUCGGUCCCCUCAACACUGUCGCUGUCCACCCUUCCGGCACCGCCUACGCCUCCGGUGGUGAGGACGGUUACGUUCGUGUUCACCACUUCGACAAGCCCUACUUUGAUUUCAUGUAUGAAGUGGAGAGGGAGCAGCUGCGCAAAUAAAGUGAUUGGCGUUUAAAAAGAGCUUUUUUCCUAUUAACGCAUGUGUCAUGAGGCGAAGACAUUUCUUACCAACAAAAAAGAGUAGAAAAGGCAAAGCAGGCACGGCGGUACGAGAAGUUCUCGGGGCGAUUUAGGGCAUGAAUUCUCAUUUCAUUGUUUCCAUGAUAAAGUCGGAGUUGGUACCAUUUUCCUUUUCCUGGUCGCUUUCUGUGUCCUAAUAAAAGAACCCAGUAUUUACUUCUUACAAUUUUGCUUCAAAGUUCAAUC